AUGACUUGUGCCUUGUCACCCUUCACUUCCCCUCUUCCACCUCUUGCCACUGCCCUGACCAUGUGCCGCCUAGGGAGCUUGGCAAGAAAUUUGACAAAAUUUAAAACGCUAAAAACACCUCAAAUAAUAAGCCUACUAUCAUCCUUAAUAACCUCUGCACUGUCCAAAGGCUACGACGGCAGUGGGAUUGUGUACUCUGACCUUGACAGGCUGUGUGACGGGGUGAUGGGAUUUUUGCUUAAAUGUCUACAGGGCAGUGAAACGUUGUUAACGCAUUACAAUCCACAAAUAACACAGAUAAUUCAAGCUUUAAAAUCUUCCAUUGGCAAGGGACUUGGCGUUUCGGGAUUUGCCUCUGCCAUUGAGCAGGUUAAGAGCGGGCUGCAGGGGUAUGAGGGGGGGAUGGAGGAGAGGAUUGCGGAGGUAAGAAAGCCUCUGCAAACGAUGAAAGAGAGCUUCCAAAAUUUAGAAAUGUAUUUAAGUAACGCCAGUAAUAAAAAUCUUAAGACGCAAUUGGACCAUGUGCGUGGACAGGCUAGGUUAUACUGGACUGCGGCCGGCACAGCGUCCAAUUCCAGUCAGGGCGUAAAGCAAGAGAUUCAAGCGUUGUUAAAAAAUAUGACACAACGUAUACAGAUAACAUCAAAAAAACAGAUUUUACAGUUAAAAAGUGGGAUGAAUGAAAUUACUACAAAUGGAGCGGGACAGUGUAACCUGGAGAAGAAAAUCAGCGGACUCAUUGGCGAUAUAAAAGAAAUGGAUCGAGAAAUACAAGGGGGCGCAAAACGAAUUGGCAGCUCAAUUCAAUCUGCUGUUCAGGAAGUCAUCGAUGCGCUUGCUAAAUUGGAUGAAAAAGUAAAAAUGGAUCUAGGGAAAUUGGAGAAGGCGAUUACACAAAGUCUGGAAACGUAUUUCAAAACGCAGAUCACAGCGGUGGUGGAGGCCGCGAAAGUUGCUGAGAGUACGAUGAGCAAUAACGGUGGUCCUGGUGUCGACGCAUUAAAGGCUGCAAGUUUGGCCGAAGGUGCCUUGAAACUGUUGAUUGAUGGUCUGCCUACGAAGACUAAAAGUACCGGUAUGCAUGGUGUAAUCGCCAGGGGCAUAGAAGGUUUUUUACACGCACUGCAAGUGUAUGGGCAAGUCAAGUCAGGCAUUGUCGAUCUCGAAAAAAAUCAACUUUUUAAUGCUUUCAAAGAUGACAUAGAAAAACAAGUCAACGACAUUAUCAAAGAGAUAGAGCCGGACAGCAAGAAAUUCAAGGAUAUAUUCGAGAAUCUCAAUACUGAGAUUGAAGGCUCUAUUGGUAACGACGACACGAUCAAUGCGAAGACAAAUAGAAUAAAACUUAAGUUGGCCACUUUUUUCAAAAGUCAAAUAAAUGGUGUAACGGACGAGUUCCACCUGACUUCGCAAGAUGCUUUCGGCUCUUAUUAUGGAGCCCACACCAGUGCAUUGGCUGCCAUAGAAGAUGCUGUUAUGAAGAUCAACGAUUUGGAGUCGCUUCCCGGAGCGAGCCUUAUGGACUCUAUAAAUGAUGUUGAAGGAAGUGUUGAUAUUGCCGACAAAGAAUUGCAGAUAGCAAUUGAGACCAUCAGCGACUCAUUGCUGCAUGCCAGGAGCGUAGCUCACGAGAGAAUUAAAUUUUUAAAAAACCACUGUAUUGCUAAAGUCUCCUCCGCCUUCACCGCCCUCACCCACCAAGUCCAAUCCCUCUUCGCGAAGCAGAAGCAGGCCGAGCUCGCCGCGCUGGAGAGCGUUGUCACGCAGCAGUUGAAGGAGAUUGAUAAAAUAAUUAAAGAUGAUUCUAUUAAUGGAUUGAAAGGAUUUUUAAGUGAUUUGCAAUACAGCAUUACGCAACAAUUUCCGAAUGGCUCCCUUAAUGAUUCCACAAAAUUACCAGUAGUAGCAAUAAAGCUUGUGCAAUUCUUUGAUCCACUGUUUGAGUACGUAAUUAGGCAACUAACUCCCAAGACACAGAUGCUACCAUCUACAUCCGACGCGCAGUCUACUGACCCUAAGGUCACCAGGGUAAGGAGCAUCAGCACCAAGCUUAAUAAAUUACUAACUCAUCUAAUGAAUAAUAACAACAGAACGUAUAAUUUUGAUUACACAUUUGAGACUAAUCUAGAUGAACUGAAACAAUCCGUACGUGCCUUAGGCGCCAGUAAAUUUGGUGAUGGAGCGCAUCCCGAUUUGCUGAACCUAAUCAAAUGCGGCAUGACCGACUUCGACACUCAGUUGGAUUAUGCUUAUGUUAGCAGAUACUCUGAAAGGACAUCGGUAGACAACAAUUCAUCGGUAUACGCCAAAAUCGGUAUGACCAUAAUUCCCAUUCUCUUGACUGAUUUCGAAGAGAUUCUGGCAAACACUGAUGACAUCGGUGAUUGGCUCAACCUCAGUUUGAAUCUCGGUGACAAUAACGCCCUUGGCAGCUUUCUUAAAACUGCUGGCUAUGAUGUUCCGACAGUACUGACGUCAGCAACGGUCAUCUGA